AUUGCCAUUUUAGCAGUAGUGGUGGUGGUGAGAGAAUGUCUCAACUUUUGUAACACGAGAUUUUGAGGGAAAAAUUUUUUCGGGCGUGUGCCUGUUGGCCCAAAACUCCCAAAGCUUCGGACUCCCGCGAUGUGCUAAAGUAGUGACCACAAUUUGUGUAGAUAAUGGACUUUGGUGGUUUCUACUCUUGAUCUUUUUUUGUGUGUUAUUUAAACUACAAGAAAAAAUUACAAUAGGAAAAAAACACCCUUCUUCGUCCUUUCUCUCUCUCUCUCGCUUUCGACCCUUUUGCGAAAAUUUUUGGUGUGACGCCCUCUCGCUUUUUUUUUAAAAAGAAUUCCGCGAUGGUUUCCGCAUCUUGUGCAGUUUCCGCGAUGUCAGUGAAUGAGGUGUGAGAAAUAAGAAAAGGUGACCGAAAUUUGUUGUGUGCUCUCUGCUGUCUAUCAAACCUCUUCAUCUAUAUUGAAACAAGAAAGAAAAAAAAAAGAAAUUGUCUUGGAAAAGCCCAAAUAAAUUUUCCUAGGCCUCAUUGUGUGCGUGAGUGAUGAAAAUAAAAACUGCUGUGGAAGUGAAAAAGAAAAUUUGUUGAAAGACUGCAAUCAACAUUGUGAGGCGAACAGCUGUUGAUAGGGAAAAGAAAUAUUAAAAAUUCAACAUUAGGAAUAUCUUCAAGGUGCUAGGCUCCAUAACUUUUUUUGUGAUAUAAUUGAUAGUUGACGGCGGUAGCAAAGAGGCACGGAGGAAGGUGGUGCACACACCGUUUAAAUUCAAAGUGUUGGUUAUUCUAAAAGGUGAAGUUGAGAGAAAGAAAAGUCGAGGAGGAAAAAAAAGUGAAAAUUGCACUGGUGCAGUGUGCUGUAGCAAAAAGAAAGCUAUUUGUGAGGUAAAAUUGAUUGUGGUGCAAAAGAGAAGAUUGGGAGUCAUGUGAGGCAUUAAAUUCGCUCUCAAAAAAAAAAAUAGUGGAUGCUCACGUUGAGAGAAAAGUGAAAUAGUGUAAAAGAUAGAAAAAAAUCAUAUUUUUACGUAAGGCCAAUUUUACCUUCAUCUCUAUGGGAUAAAUUAUGUGGCAUGAAAUAAUCUGUAUUAAAUCGUUUCAACAAUCCCUUUUGCCGCACACCAACGUAUAUAGAUAAAUCGGCGCGCCAGAUCAAUAAGCUUGCGGGGGCGUCGCUGUGUGUGAAGUUGGUAACAAGUGGCUAAAAGUGGAAGAUUGAGGGUUUUUCUUUCUUUUUUUUUUAUACUUCUUCUCAACUCCACUCCACCUCCUACACUUCUUCCUUUUCUCCCUUCCACGGAAAAGAAUUUAUAAGAAAAAAAAAAUAUCUCUUGAGGAAGUUGGGUGUGCUGUAUGAGGAUGAAGAUGUGGGCGAAUCAGUGGGAUGUUGUGCAAUUGCCAAGCAAUGCAAGUAGAAGAAGAAAUUUGUCCUCCACCUCAAUUAUCGUGAGAUGUCUAUCGAUACUCCUCCUUCUUGUGCACACUACCGGUGUCAGUGGUGAAGACAUUGAUCAGGGUCGGAUGUCGCGUCCCCGGCGAACGCCCAUCUAUCAAAAUGAAUUUGCCGUCUACAUUCCCAGUGGCGAUGAAGAGGCAGUCAAUCGGAUAGCCUCGAAGCACGGCUUCACAAAUAUGGGACAAAUUGGUAGUUUGAAGGACUACUAUUUGUUCCACCAUCAUCGCAUUUCCAAGAGAUCCACCGACACCAGCGACAUCCACCACGAAGCACUCAAUGCAGACCCCGAGGUUCGAUGGUUUCAGCAGCAACAUGAGAAGGUGCGCAAGAAACGUGACUACAGUACGUCUGGCACCGGAAGUAUUAGAUUCCCAACAACUGGAGCCACAUUGUCCGCCUCUCUCCUACGUAACAUUGCCCCUGAGUCGCAGCUUCAGUACCGCGACACUGGGCAGCACAACAUCUUCCCGGAUCCCCUAUUCAAGGAGCAGUGGUACCUGAAUGGCGGUGCAAAGGAUGGUUUGGACAUGAAUGUGGGACCAGCAUGGCAGAAGGGGUACACGGGGAAGAAUGUUGUUGUGUCGAUUUUGGACGAUGGAAUUCAGACCAAUCAUCCCGAUUUGGCACUCAAUUACGACCCCGAUGCAUCGUACGAUAUCAAUGGCAAUGACUCUGACCCCAUGCCCCAGGACAAUGGGGACAACAAGCACGGCACACGGUGUGCCGGUGAAGUGGCCGCCGUGGCAUUCAACAACUACUGCGGCGUGGGGAUUGCCUACAAUGCCAGCAUCGGUGGCGUCAGGAUGCUCGAUGGGAGUGUCAAUGAUGCCGUCGAAGCCAAAGCAUUGGGUCUCAAUCCCGACCACAUUGACAUCUAUAGCGCCUCAUGGGGACCCGAAGAUGACGGGAGUACCGUCGAUGGGCCCGGUCCACUGGCCAGGAGAGCCUUCAUCUACGGCGUAACAAGUGGCCGGCAGGGGAAGGGCUCAAUCUUCAUUUGGGCUUCCGGAAAUGGUGGUCGCUACACGGAUUCGUGCAAUUGCGACGGCUACACCAAUUCCAUCUUCACACUCUCAAUCUCCAGUGCCACACAGGGUGGGUACAAGCCAUGGUACCUCGAGGAGUGCUCCUCAACCUUGGCCACAACCUACAGUUCCGGCACACCCGGACACGAUAAGAGUGUCGCCACAGUGGACAUGGAUGGACGUCUUCGACCCGAUCGAAUUUGCACAGUUGAGCACACGGGCACAUCAGCUUCAGCACCCCUAGCUGCUGGUAUCUGUGCCCUAGCCCUCGAAGCUAAUCCCGCACUCACGUGGCGCGAUAUGCAGUACCUCGUGGUGCUGACAUCACGACCAGAACCGCUGGAGAAGGAGAACGGAUGGAUUCUCAAUGGGGUGAAGAGAAAGGUUAGCCACAAAUUUGGUUAUGGCUUAAUGGAUGCCGGGGCUAUUGUGAGCGUCGCCGAGCAGUGGACCACUGUUCCGCCGCAGCACAUUUGCAAGAGCCGCGAAAUCAAUGAGGAACGCUCAAUUGAUGGGACAUACGGGUACACCCUGCAGACGCAUAUGGAUGUCAAUGGGUGCGCUGGGACGGUGAAUGAGGUGCGCUUCCUGGAGCACGUGCAGUGCAAGAUUACGCUGCGCUUCUUCCCACGUGGGAAUCUCCGAAUUCUCCUAACAUCCCCCAUGGGAACAACGAGUACGCUCCUCUUUGAGCGCCCACGGGACGUUGUCAAGUCCAACUUUGACGACUGGCCCUUCCUCAGUGUUCAUUUCUGGGGUGAAAAGGCCGAAGGUAGGUGGACGCUGCAGGUUAUAAAUGGCGGACGACGCCGCGUCAAUCAGCCGGGAAUCCUGUCAAAAUGGCAGCUGAUCUUCUACGGAACCAAGAGCAAUCCGGUUCGACUGAAGAAUGAAGGCCUUCGUAGUAGUGGCCUUCCACGUAUCUCCAAUCCUUUUGUCUUUCCCACGGAAACUGACAUGAAUCAACCCCUUGUUGGCAACUACUACGCCCCUGAUCUCUAUGCUGGCUACGUCAACUACCAAAAUAUCUACGCCGGAGCAGCUAGCUCCCAGGAUAAGGCCUACAUCACAAUCGGCGGGCACAACAUCCCAACAACUCAGCGCGAGAACGUAAUGGCGGACGCAAACAACAAAGUUGUCCUCCAUGACUGUGAUCCUGAAUGCGAUCAACAGGGCUGCUAUGGGAAAGGACCUACGCAAUGUGUAGCCUGCAAGCACUACAGACUUGACAACACCUGUGUCAGCCGCUGCCCACCGAGGAGCUUCCCCAACCAGGGGGGUGUUUGUUGGCCAUGCCAUGAAUCCUGUGAAACUUGUGCCGGUGCCGGACAGGAUAGUUGCUUGACGUGCGCCCCGGCGCAUUUGCACGUGAUCGACCUGGCGGUGUGCUUACAGAGUUGCCCUGAAGGUUACUACGAAAAUUAUGAGAACAACACAUGCGUCCCGUGUGAGGCAAAUUGCGCUUCGUGCCAAGAUCGCCCGGACUUUUGUGCCAGCUGUGAUCAUCAUUUAGUCAUCUAUGAGAAUCGCUGCUAUUCCGCCUGUCCGUUGCACACGUUUGAAACUGAAGAUUACAGCUGUGCUCCGUGCCAUUCGUCCUGCCUCACGUGCAAUGGGUCGUCGGAAUCUCAGUGCAUCACCUGCAAACCAGGACGUUUUGCCAUUGAUGGGAAGUGCGUCAAUAGCUGCCCCGAUGGCUUUUACAGCGACAAGAAGCGCCAGGAGUGUCUCCCAUGUGCCACAGGGUGUGCCACAUGCACCACCAAUGGCGUCUGUCUCACAUGCAAGGAGAAUUGGAUUAAGAACAAGAAGGGAAAAUGCAUUUCAGCAGGAAGCGAAAUUUGCGAUGAAUCGGAGUACGCAGAGAAUGGUCACUGUCAUCCGUGUCACUCAACGUGUGAAUCGUGCACGGGACCGACUGAGCACGAUUGUCUGUCGUGCUCAGCGUCGCUCCUGCUGCAGAACAGUCGCUGCGUGAGUGCGUGCGAUGACAGCUACUACAUGGAGGCAGGUGUGUGCGUGCGAUGCCUGCACACGUGCACAAAGUGCGUGUCACGCAUGAAUUGCACUGUGUGCGCACGCGGGCUGCAACUACAGAGCGGCGAAUGCCGCACAACGUGCGCUGAGGGGUACUACAGUGACCGCGGUAAUUGUGCCAAAUGCUACCUCAGUUGCCAAACGUGCAGUGGUCCACGGCGUGAUCAGUGUGUCACGUGCCCCACGGGGUGGCAGCUGGCGAGCGGUGAAUGCCACCCCGAGUGCCCCGAGGGCUUCUUCAAGGGGGCCUUUGGGUGCCAAAAGUGCCAUCACUACUGUCGCACGUGCAACGGCGCGGGUCCGCUUGCGUGCACAUCGUGCCCGUCGCACUUUAUGCUCGACGGUGGGCUAUGCAUGGAGUGCCUCGGUUCGCAGUACUACGACCCACCGACACAGACGUGCAAGACGUGCCACGAGUCGUGUCGCUCGUGCAGCGGACCCGGCCAGUAUUCGUGCGUCACGUGCGCCUUCCCACUCCACCUUGACCGCCUCAAUAAUCAAUGUGUGCCUUGUUGUGCAUCCGACGCAGCCCCCGACGACCAAACUUGUUGCCACUGCAACAAAGACACAGGUGGUUGCAUAAAUUCAUCUCCGGCCGGAAAGAGGCGGAUACAGAUUGGGGCGGAACAGUCGCUGAGCCAACUCGGUGGUGGGGCCUUUGGGUUUGGGCAGACAGCGUCAACAUUCUUGGAUCCCGAGGCAAGGGGACUCCUCAAUCAUCUAACAUCACCCCAAAUAACCAUUGCAGCCCUCACGGUGGCUGCACUCUUGCUCAUUAUUUGCAUUAUUCUCAUUGUUACUGUAGUCAAGAAAAAUAGUUACCAUCGAUAUACGGGAAUCAAGUAUAAUAAAUUGUCACAGAAUUAUCAGAAGACUGUGGUGAGAGUUCCAGUGGAGGAUUCAGGUCGGGCCCUGUGCCACGACGGUGAUGACGAUGACGACGAAGAGGAAGAGGCUGACGGUGAAGUUACCUUCUAUAGGAGUACAUGAAAAUGUGGAAGAAAGAGCCAUGAGGUGAGUUGAGGAGGCAGGCAGGCUGCUGGUGCUGCUGCUGCCUUGAGAAAUUGGUCCGUAUGGCGUCCCGAUGGGAGUAAACAAUUAAAAGGAGGCGCCGGGUGUGAGGGGAACGGUGGGCAAGGCAGGACAACAAGGUGGGUAGAUUAAAUGGGAGAAUACUCAUGUAAUGGAUUCACAAGAAGCUGACGAUAGGAGCAUAAGAUUCAAACAAUAGAACAAGGGAGAUAUUACUUAAAAUAUAAAUAGAAACACUGCUGAUGGAGGAAAACUCAAGAACACAAAAUACAUAGCCAAGGUAUAUUAUAUAUAUUCUAAUGAUGAUUAAAAUGAUGAAAUAUAUAUAAAUGGAAGACACAUAAAUACACACAAAAAAUCCCUACGAUGAUUAAAACGUUCGGUUACCAAAACUUACCAAGAAAAGAAGAAAAUGUCUUACCAUACAUAAGUUUUUUUUUCCUUCUUAUUUCAAAGGAUUUAAUGAGUUUCCCCACAAAUUAUUCCAUUUUCUUUCUUUUAUUUUUCCCCCCACAAAUUCAUUGUACAAAGCAACAAAAAAAGAAAGCUUCCGCUGUAGCUUUUUUUUUCCUCUUUUACUUUCAACUCAAAUGUGCUUCACAAGACGUGAAGUUUGUCCAAAGUUUGUAUUUUUCGCAUGAGAAAAUCAAGAUGAAAAUUUGAUUUGUCCAUUCCAAAAGGAAGAUUUCUCACAGAACUUGAAGCAUUAUUUUGCAACUGAAGAAAAAAAUAGCUAUCAGAAAUAUUUACUUCCACUUGCAUAGCUACAUUUUAUGCAGAAAUCUCUUCGUUUUUUUCAUUUUCUUCUUCUAUUUCUGGGAAAUGCUUCCUUGAAAUGUUUUAAUUUUUGUUCAUAAAGAAAUUUUUUUAUUUCUUAGAGGGAGGGUUGGAAAAUAUAUUGAAAAAUUGCUAUUAAAAUUAAUAAAUAUUUCUUUUCCUAAAGAAAAAGAAAUUAACUUGGUAGGAAAAAUAUUUUUCAAUUUGAAGAAAUAUUAAUAAAUGUUUUUGUUAAACGCAAUGAAAAAUAAUGGAAAAAAGUAUUUAUUUGUCGAAAAAUUUAAUUAUUUUUCGAAUAUUUCCAAAACAAUUCGAAAUUUAUCGAAAAAUUAAAAUAAUUUAAUUAUUUCCGAAUAUUUUCUCUCUUUUAUUAUUCGUUUUUUUUUCAAAUUUCUUAGAGCCAAAAGUCAUUAAUAAAAAAUCCGGAUCUCGUCGAAUAAUCCGAAUAUUUACGAAUGGUUUAUGUUUUGACCAAAUCAAGUUUGCCGAAUCAAACGAAUAUUUUCAAAUAUUCCAAUCCAGCCUUUUCCGAAUUUAUUUCCAAAUAAUCCGAAUUCUGUUAGUCAUUAGAAUUCUUCCGAAAAAUGCAUAAAUUGUGUAUCUGAUCUGACUACAUAAAAUUUUAAAAAAAAAUCGAUCAAAUAAGGAUAGUAAUGAGUGAGUUAAAUCAAAUUAGCUUCGGCAAUUAUUCCGGAUUUUCUCGAAAAAUUGGAAUAUUUCGGAAUUCCGUUGAAUACUUUUAAUUUUUUCGAUUAAUAUAAAUUCUUUUGGAUAUUUUAAUUAUUAUUCUUUAUAUAUUUCCCGCAUUUUUUUGGAAUUUGACAUUAGUUUAGAGAUUUCAACAAAGCUCAGUUACAAAUAUGUAUUUCCCAAUAUUCCGAAUUUCUUUCGGAUAAUUCUUAUAUUUAUUUUUAAUUAUUUCUCUUUUUUUUCAUAGUUUAACGUUAUUUUAAAAAAAUCACAUAUUUCUUUUUUCAAAUCCGAAUUUCGCUGAAAUAUCCGAAAUUAUUUGAAUAGUUUCAAAUCCUUCUAAAACGAUUUAAUAAGAUUUUAAAUAUUUCUUACAAUGUUCUAAAAUUUAAAUAUUUGACAGUUAUUUUAGACAUUUAUUUAACCCGUUUUUUGUAUUUCAAAUAUUCCGAAUUUCGUCGAAAAAUUGAAAUAGUUACCUUAUUAUCUUUAAUGAUUAACUCUUUCCGAAUAUCGUCGAAUGUAUUUUUUUAAAUAUCUUAUCCUAAAAAAUUUCUUUAUAGCUUUAAUAUUAGGUAAUACUUUUUUUUUCAAAAACAAAAAUAGAAAAAUGCAAACCUUGGGCAAACUUUAAAAAAUUCUAAUUAUCUUCCAGAACCUUAAAAAAUCUCCAUAAAUUAAUUUUCAAGUAGGUAUUUAAAAAAAAUCUCCAAGUAAUAUUUUGUUUUAGGAAAAUAUCGAACAAAAAUGAAUCUAGACGAAAGCUGUUCUAUUUCUUUAUUAAAAAUACUUUCUUUUUCUUUUUAAAAAAUAUUUAAAAUAGGAAAAUAAAUAUGAGCGAUUGAGACAAAAUUUAAUUUGUAGCAACAAAGCCAUUCCCUGUGAAAAUGUAGACAAAAUGUUAAUUUUACUAAAAAGUCUUUUGUGUUAGUUAAAAACAAAUAAUUUAAUUUUUUAAGUUUAAAUAAUAAUCAAUGUUUCGAAUUGGGGAGUUUUUUUCACUGAACUUUCUAAAGACAAAGUUUAAAUUUUUAUUUUUUUUACACAACAAAAAAAUGAACCAUCGGCUUAAUGGGAAUUGAGGAACCAAAAGAAUUGCAACUAAAAAAAAAUUGAAAUUAAAUGUAAAAAAAUACAAUAUAAAAGAAAUAAUAAAAUGUUUAAUAAAAAAAAUUAGCCUGGAUUUUUUCUAACGGCAAUUUGAAAAUUUAAAAAAAGGAAUUAAAAAUGAAGAAAACUCAAAAAUCACAGAAAAAAAUUAAAAUAAAGAAAAUAAAAUUAUUAGAAAUGUGAAGAUGCGACAUCUUCUGUAAAUAGAGUAUAUAUAAAAAGGACAAAACUAUAUAAAUAAUAUUAAAAAAUACUAUAUAUUUAACUAAUUAUAUAUAAUGCAUUAUAUUGAAAUUAUUAUAUACAUUUAUUGAACAAAAAAAAAAGAAAUGAAAAAGAAAAAAAAACAAGAACAUUGAAAAAAAAGAGAAAAGCAAGGCGAAUGGUUAAAUGUAAAACAGUUUUUAUACGAAACAAAACAUGUUUUAAGUAGAAAAAGAAAUUAUUAAGAAAAUUAAAAAAAAAAAAUGUAAAACAAAAAUGACGGAAUUGCGGAAGAAGUUAAAAGAAGAAAAAAGUGAAAAUUCUUUGUUAUUUUGUUAAAUUUAAGUAUAAUUGUGAUGUGAUUUUUGCCGUGUUAUAAACAAUGUUUUUCAUAUACACAGGAAACAAAAAUUAAAAAAAUAAAACUCAAAAUAAAAAAUCUAAAUAAGAAAUUAAAAAAAUAAAAUAAAUAAAUUGAUGACAUCAAAGCCAAUCUUCUACACGAGAAAAAAACUAAGAGGUGAAUGUAAAAAAUAAAAUUUUGUAUAUUGAAGGGAAUUUGAGGAGAAUUUAGCUGAAAGAAAAAAAGAAAGUAUUAAAAUAAUAUUUAUAAAUUAAUAUUGUUUUCCAUUUUAAACUCACCGUAAUGUAAAGAACAAAAAACAAACCAACAAUGUAAAUCUAUUAUAAAAUGAUAUUUACUUCAUUAAAGAAAACAACAAAUUGCAUUAGCGAACCACCAGAAAAAAAAUAAAUAAAAAAAAUAACCAAAUUGUGAUAAAAAUAUCAAAUCACUCCGAAAAAAAAUCUUCACAACUCUUUUCUAAGUUUAAAAAAUAUUCCUUUUCAGUGUCUCCCUUUAAGGAUAAAAAAAGAAUAAAAUAUAAAUUUGCAAAACAGACUUCACUUGACGAGGAAGAAAAAUUAUUUUAUAGAGAAAAUACGAAGAAAAAAAUGAAUGUUAAACUCUCUUUAUUACCUGAAUCUCUUUUACUUUGUAUCACAAAAGCCAUUUAAGUGUGUUUGAUGACAGAAAGAAAGCAAAGAAAACGAUAAAUGGGAUAAAUUUAGUUCUUUGUGACGCUUUUCCUUCAUUUUUCCUUUAUUUAUUUUAUUUUCUUUGUAGGAAAAAUCUCAGACAGAUAACCUUCUACUCACUUUCAAAGGAUUUUCUCCGCCACUACAGUGAUGAGCAAGAUAUGAAAUUAAUUUAAUAUUUCUCAAUUUCCAUUACUUACAAGCCCUCUACAAAGCUGAUUCACUUUGCAGUAUUACUUAUCUUGAACAAUAUUGCCAAAAGGGGUGAAUAAGUAAUGAAAAACAAAGCAAAAAGGUCAAGAAAAGGGGAGUAUUUUGAUGAAGAUUUAUUUAUUCUUGAUCGAGUCAGAAAACUGAUAAAAUGGAGGAAGAGUUUUCUGAUUAAAUAGAAAAAAUUGAGAUAGAAAAAAAUAAAAACUGCUGACAAAAUAAUAAAACUUGAUUGCGGAAUAAAAACGUUUUUUUUUUGACAGAAUAAAAUAAAAAAUUACUUUCGGUUGCUUUUAGAAUAAAUUAAAAUGCUGACAAAAUUAAAUUAUUUACUCACAGAAUUCAAAUUAAUUGAGAAUUUAAUAUUUCGGUUAAAGAAUUAAUUAAUUUGCUGACAAUUUGACCUUUCUGUUAAAGAAUUUAAUUAUUUUACUAACAAGAAUUUAAGUAUUCUCUUAGAAAAAUUUGGUUUUCAUGUAUAAAAUAAAUUAUCUACCGACUAAAUGUGAAUAAUUUGCUUACAGAAAUAAGUUAUUUACAUUCAGAAUUAGUUCUUUGCUCGAAGAAUUAAUUUAUUUGCUUAGAGAAACAAAUCAUUCGUUAAAAGAAUUAACGAUUUAAAAAAAUUUAAGAAAAGGGUAUCCCCACAUGAGAGGAUUUUUUUAUAUAUAGAAAUUCCUCUUUAGGAUUUCGUAUGGAAUGGAAAAAGGAUGGCAGAAGUCAAUCAAAUUUUGGAAAAAUGUUCUGUGAGUAAGAAGUUAAAAAAAUAAAUAAAUUUAAGAGUUAAGAACAUUUUUCGAUAUGAUUGAGACAUCUUUCUUGUAUAAACCAACAUAACCUAACUUUUUUUUCUUUAAUUUAUUGCAAAAUUAGCAAAGAAAAAACCUCCAGAUCUCGAAUAUUUCUUUUCCACGUAGAUCUUUUCGAUCUUUUCGAUCUUUUCUUCGGUCUUUUCGUAAGUUAUUGUCAUGAGUUCUGAAGAAGAUCCCAGACGGAAUCGAAACGUCAUUUUGACAAAACAAAGACUGAAUUCUUCUUCCUACAAAUGUCAAAAAAUUAUUUACUGAAGAAUUAUUUUUCAACUAAUUAUUUCUUGCUCAUCACUGUUUUUCUUUAAUAAAUCUUUGAAUAUCUAAAUGAAUGCUCACUAAAUCAUUAAAAAAGUAAUUUAAAAAAAUCAUAAUUUUUUUUUAAUAUUUCUUAUUUUCGAGAUAGAAAUAUUUAUAAAAAUUCUAAAGGAAUUUUAUCAUUAAAAUUAUUUUAUGAAAAUUCAAAACAAUCUAUUGACAACAGAAACCCAGCAUAGAAAAUUAGGGGAAAAUGGGGUGAAGUGGAUCUUUUUUUUAUUGAAUAAUUAAUACUGCUUCUAUCCUAAAAUUCAAUGCAAAAUUCUACGUAGAAUGUCCUUUAAGGAUAUUUCAAUUUCUACAAUUUUCUCCAUUUUAGAUCUUUUCUGUUCUAACUUCGCAAGAAGAAAACCUUCUCCUUCACUUCUAUCUCCUCUCCUCCUAUAGUUUUUUUUUAAUUAAAGUUAUUGUGAUUUUUAAAUGAUUUAUAGAUAAUUUAUGUAGACCUUAUAGCUCAAAUAGAAAUUAUCUGAAAGACAAUGACAAUUCACAAAAGAGAUGAGACAAAAAAAAACAAACAAUGAAGCUAAAAAAUAGAUUUAUUUAAGUGAAUGAAAAUUUUCUUCUUCAUUAUAUCUUUUUUUUUGUUAUUUGAUGCAAACCUAAUAUUCCUGUGGUUGUUGAAUUUUGUUAUUUUUCUUGUAAAUGGAAAAUUGUUGAGAGAGAGCUGUGAAGUACCAUAAGACAGAAGGGAGCUACAAAAAAGAAGAAGAAGUGGAGAGAAAAAAAAGAAUGAGAACAUAAUACCGCUCCUGGAGACACAAAGACAUUCUCUGAUGACAAAAAACCCCAUAAAGUUGCAAUUUUAUUCUCUCUUUUCGUUUUUCACACAAACCAACUAAGCUGAUAAGGAUUUCUUUUACCCCGAGCCCACCAUCAGUUUACCUUUUUGCGGGCAAAAUGCGGAGAGUGGUUGCAUGGAAAAAGAUCCAACACUUUGCAACCACCCUCCUACCUCUUAUGCUAUCCCCAAUCCUGCCACAGAAAGCAGGAGCGCGGGAGGGGAGAGUGGGGAACAUAAAUAGAGCAAAAGCAACAAAGUGAAUUCUCCUCAUGGGGAGGAUUGUAUAAAAUUGCCAAUGUUUUUCAAGCGCACUGUGAAGAGAUGGAGUCGCAACAAAAGUGGUGUAAUAAUGAUUGAUAAGCGAGUUAUUUAGAUUUUGAGAUGAAUGGGUGGAGAAGAUGCAGAGAAGAAGAAGAAAAACCCAUGAAAUACAUUUAAAAAAAAUUCCAAAUGUUUUUAUAAAUAUACCUUAAAAAAUAUUAAUAUAAUGUGGUGAUAUGUUAAAUCAA